GCGGGGCGCGCAGCCAUGGCGGCGGUGCGGGCGGCCCUGCUCGCCCCGCUGCUGGCGCUCGGCCGGGCCGGCUCGGGCCCCGCGACCCCCGCGCGGGUCGAGGUGGCUGUGGCGGAGCCCGGGGCGGCGGGGCCGGACGGGGACGGGGCCCGCGGCGGGGCCGGCAGCGCGGGCGCGGUGCCCGGCGGCUCGUACACGCUGCGCGGGGCCGUGCUGGGAUCGGGGGGCGGCCGGGCCGGGCCGGGCCGGGGGGGCCCGCGGGGGGAGCGGGAGGAGAUGGAGAUCCAAGGCCGCCUGGUGCUGGUGGGUGAGGUGGAGCCGGAACUGGGCGCUGCCGACAGCUGGAUCGGGGUGGUGCCUGUGGGCAUCGAGGAUCCGGCCGAGGGCCCCCGGGGUGCCAAGGAGGAGUCCUUCACCACUGCCGUUGUCACCAAGAUGAAGCGAGCCCUGGUGCUGGGGGCCUCCGCGCUGCUCAUCCUGGCGCUGAACCAGAACGCCAUCCGUGAGCUGGACGUGUCCCAGCUGCUCGCCAAGCCCGUCAUCAUCAUCCAGUCCUCCGACAAUGUCACCAGGCUGCUGGGAGCGCUGCUGCGUGGGCUCCGGGCUACGGCGAAGAUCACAUACCAGGCAGUGCUGCUGGAGAACCUGGGAGUGACCCUCACCCUGUGGUCCACCUGUGGCCUGUCCCGAGGGGGCCUCUACGGGGAGUGGCAGGGGGUCAUCUGCCCCGGGGAGAGCAGCUCGCAGGUCCAGAAGUACCUGCAGCAGCUGUGGAACACCAUCCUGCUGAUCGCCCUGCUGCUCUGCACCGGUGUCAUGGUGCAGGCCCAGCGCCAGUCGCGGCAGGACCUGUUGGAGCGGGACGCCGAGCUGGACCUGAAGCAGCACAUCCGGCGGCGGCUGUUGGCGCUGAAAGCCCGGCGGUACCAUCCCAGGAAGGCGCUGCGGAGCCGGGCCUGCGAGAUUGACAGCUGUGCUGUCUGCCUGGACCAGUUCCACAAGAGCCAGUGGCUGCGGGUGCUGCCCUGCUCCCAUGAGUUCCACCGGGACUGUGUGGAUCCCUGGCUCCUGCUGCAGCAGACCUGCCCUCUCUGCAAGCGCAACAUCCUGGGGAGCUGUUGCACAGACAGCUAGCUGGCCUGAGGACACACUCCAGGGACAGACCCACGGCUGCUCCAGGGACAGGGAUGGGGCAGGGGGUGUCCGGCAAGCAGCGCUUGCUGCCGGAGCAGGGUUGGUGUGGCUGUGCCUGUCACAGUGCCCAGACUCCGGAGAGGGAAGGACUCAGGGCUCUCCUGCCCGGUGUGAGUAGAGGGGUGGGGGUCCAGAUGGGCAGUGUUGGGGAGGGAAGAUUUGGGGCAGCCAUGGGUGUAACAGGGUGGGGGCUGGGGCAGGGAGAGCCCUGGUCCUGCUGCGCUCUUGCCCUGCUCACAGCAAUUUUUCUAAGACUUGGGGUUUUUGUGUAUUUGCUGGUGGCCGUGGCAGGGUAGGCAGAGCCUGGCUGUGGUGCCAGCCCCUCUGGGAGGUGGGUGACAGACCUGGCAGGGCUAUGGGGUGGCUCACGGCCUUAUUGUGGGAGGGCAGGGGUAGGACACUUUAUUUAUAAUAACUUAUUAGAGAGGAUGGCAUAAGUCGGCUGCAGAGCCAACACAGGGCUUGGCUCACCCAGCACGGUGACUGGGGACACGCCGUGAGCCCUGCCCAGGUCCUGCCCCAAGGGCUGCAAACAUGGCAUGUGGCCAUCCCUAUUAAACAUGGAGCAAGGA